CGGUUAGCACUGGCGUGAGUUAGCGUGCUGGUUCGUCUGUGACAGGUUGUGUCGGAGGAUUGUUGUGUGAAGGUAAACCCACAUGGAGACAGCAGGGAUGGCUCUGGAGCAGCUCAGCGAUGUGGUCCAGAGAUGUCAAGCACUCCCUGAUGAUAGCUACACCGCCGAGGACCAUAACGUCUUCACUGUUGCCGGGCGAACCUGCAUCGAGGAGGGAGACACUGCACAGGUCCUCAGUAUCGUCCUGGACGAACAGAAUCAGGAGAUAGUGAGAUGUAUGGGCUGGAAUCUGCUGCCUCCCCUGUUUCAAGUAUUACUGAAUAAAGACGACCGGAACCUUCCUCAAUGCCUCGCCAUUUUCAACCACCUGCUGGAGACUUGCAGACCCAAGGAGCUACUGAUUGGUCUAUUGGAGCUGCUGGAGCAGGACGAUCCUGUCGCCAUAGCAGAAAGUCUCCAUCUGCUUCUCAACCCUCUACAGAAAGUGCUGCUGUGCCUGGGCGACCGUAAGGCCUCCUCCCUGGGCAUGACUCUGUCCUCUGUGCUGGACCAGGUGGCCAAACUGCCUUUACCUCACACCAAGGAGCAGGAGGAGGAUGACGUCUUCUCGCUUUGCCGCUGCUGCACCGACCUGACAGCCUUUGUCAGACCCUUUGUCCUCGAGGUCAAACAGAACCUGAUGAACGACGAGCUGAGCGAGAGCACCAACAAGCUGACGAUCGGGAAAGACACCGAUAAAGAAGACGAGCUGCGCACGGAACUUCUGAAGUUCUGCAUGAAGAGUCUGAGUCACCCGUUGUUGGAGGCACAUCUCAAGGAUCCUGAAACUCUGCCGGUGUCUCCUCUCAGGACAUUUGCCUCAGAGAUUAUGAACACCCUCAGUGGUAUCGGAGAGCCCCUUACCAGCCUCGUGUACCAGCCUCUGCUGAGGAGGAAACAGGUUCUGGGAUUCCUGGAGGAGGAGGUGUGUUAUCCUAAAGAGUCUUUGGCGAGCCUCUCUCACCUGGUGUUUGUUCAUCACCUGGCGGCAGAUACCUUCCCCUGUGUCUUCAGUCCCGUGUUCUCUCUUCGGUGCAACAUGGAACACAUCUGUCUCCUCUUGUCCAGAACUGAGGAGAUCAGGAUUCAGAAAGGACUGGAGCUGUAUGAGAAGACUCUGGUGCGGGUAGAGGACAGCAGCCUGUCUGCUGAUCUGCUGGAGAUCAAAUCCGUCCUCACAGUCCCUCAGAACUUGCUGAAGGUUAUGACAAUAUGUCCAAGGCAAGAUUUGAGAACUAAAGGUCUUAAGGUGUUCCAGCUGAGCAUUGACAAAUUUGACACUGAAGCCAAGUAUAAUUUUUUCCAGUACAUGCUGAAGACCAGUAAACACUCAGGACUCGAAGGCUACAUCAUCAAAAACAUCAAGAACCAGAUCGAGUUUGCCCUGCAGCCGGGAAACAGUAACACCUGGUUUCAGGGGGCUCACCUGCUCCCUCUGCUGCGUAAGGUCCUCAUUCUCCCAGACGGACCAGAGACCGACCUCCUGCAGUACCUGGACAGAGUCAUGGAGUCUCUGAACCUGCUGCGUUACCUGGUCAUAAGAGAUAAAGUGACUGAGAACCAGACGGGGAUCUGGACAGAACUGUACAAAAUCGAGGACACGUUCAUGAAGCCUCUGCGUGUUGGGGUGAACAUGUCGAGAGCUCACUAUGAGAGGGAGCUGAUCACCACGAACCCCAAGAAGAACCGGGCCAAAGAUGAGUCGAAGUUCUCUUUGAGUGUUGGUGACGAGAAGCUGCCAAACAUGACGUCAGAGUCCCAGAUUCAGGCUCUGCACUUGGCCCUGCACACGUUUGACAUGAUCGAGAGCGUGUUGGUGCGGAUAGAGGAACUCGUCGAUCCGGGGGGGAAAUCUGUAGCGUCCUAGUUCAACUGCUACAACGUCCACCUGUCAACUCUCCUGUUGAUUUUGUUUGACUUGUUUCAGAGUGUUAAACCAGUUGUCAGCAGGUCUGCUGGGUAUUUCGAAAUGUGACAGUGUUUCAAACUCUGUUUCUAAAACAAAAAAGGUUUUAUUCCGUCUGUUAUAUGUAUUCAAACUUUUGUAUUCAUGCAAAAAGGUUAA